AUGGAUCCUCCGAAAGAAGGUUCCGGCGAGACCGGAAUUUCUACCUCCGGCAAACGUUUAAUGAAAGUUAAACAGGAGAUCGGUGAGAAAAUGAAAAGAGACAAGAAAGAAGCCAAAGACUCAAUUGCAGGAAGGGUCUCCAAGCGGGUGAAGAAGAAGGAUGCUUCUGGUGGGAGUGCCUCUGUGGGACCUCACUCGCCUUCUUCAUUGAAGAUCCAAGAGGUUGUUAACCUCAUGGUUCAAGCUUACGGUCAAAAGGAGUUGGCCAGGGUUUGUUCGUCCGACGAAACCCCUGAAACCGCCCCGGAGGGUUGGUUUUUCAUUCAUGAGAAAUAUAUCUCUAAAUGCCACCUCCGGUUUCCGCUCCCAGACCUUUUGUUAGAUCUUCUUGACCAUUACCAGCUGGCCCUCUCUCAGCUCUGUCCCUCUGUUAUCCGGGUGAUAAAUGGUUUCAUCACCAGGGCCAAGGAAGAAGGGGUCGCUGUUGGGCUAACCGAGUUGAUGAGUCUUUAUACGAUCAAGGAGAGCUCUAGUAAGGAUGGUGGCAGCGGUACCUACUACCUUCCUUGUCGUCCUAGGCUCGGUCUUUUUAAGUCCUCCGGUAGUGAUGAUGAAUGGAGGAAGAAAUAUUUCUACGUCAAGAUCGACCCCUCAACAGUUCCUAAGCUUACUGAUAAGCUGUCUAGAGCUCUUUUUCGGAAGCUAUAUCAAAGUCCCAAUACUUGGGCGUCUUUUACCAUUUCUCGCAUUGGAUCUGCUAGGUUCCCGGAGCAAUAUAACGCCAGGUUCCCUGACCCAAUUCCAUCUGAAGAUUUAGAAGAUCUUUCGACUGGAGCUAGUACUUCCGAAACUGAAAAGACUCAAGCUCCCAAGAUGAGGCCUUCUUUCCGUUCCAGGAGCAAACCUGCUGCAGCUGCCAGUGCUUCGCGAGGCAGCGACAAGACCCAAGGAGGAGCCUUCCUUAGCUCGCUGAAGGAGGUCCUUGACGAUGGAUCCUCUGUUCCUGUUAGGGAUGUCAUCCCAGUCGAAACCAGAGCUCAAGAUGUUGUUCCUCGUCUCGAGAUCCUGCCGGUUAAUGUUAACCCUCAAGCUGCUGGAGAUCCCUCUGAGGUCGAACCUCCGAGAAACAAGAGGUCUCGGACUGAUUUGGGAGAUAGGCCCGCCAGGUCUGCCUCCUCGUCUUCGCGGGGAGGGACCGUCGGCUGGAACUUUACCCAUUCUAAAUCAGGAUCGAUCUUAGAUGACCCUUGGGGUUUGGCAACCAUCAUGAGGCAUAUGAAGAUGGUCGGAUGUUCCAUGCCUUCAAUCAAUGGUCUAACCAACAAGGAAGAAUACGUUGAGAUAGCUCACCACAUGGGUCAGUUAGCUGGAGCCAUCAACAGAGCUCAGCUGAGGUUCGAGCAGACCGUGAAUGGUGCUCCCAGUGCUGGGGAUUUAGCUCAGGCUACUGAGUUAUUCAAGACUACUAAGGUGGAGCUCGACCUAGCUUGUGCUCGAGUUUCUGAGCUUGAAGCUGAAGUCGGGAGGCUCGGCUUAAAGGCUGACACUCAGCAGGGGAAACUCGAAAGUCAGGCUAUCGAUAUUCGGGUUAGUCAAAGGAACAAAGAAGCUGAAGUUAAGCUUGCUGUUAGGAAAGGUAAGAAGGAGGUAGCCGAUGCCUACAACAAGAUCCUGACCUCUGUGAAGGAGAAGUUUGUCAAGAAGAAGGAUGAGACUGAUGCCCUGAUCUAUGCUCAGGAGCUUCAGGCGAACACCGAACUUCUGAAGGAUUUGUUGUCUAAGGAGAUUGAGAAUGCUGAAGAGGAGUAUCACCGUUUGAUGGUUUUGGUCCCGGAGGCUGCUGCUGCGUACGAGAAAGCUCAAGUUUCUGAUUUCUCAGUCAGCAAGCUCCCCAUUCCACAAUUCUCCGAGAGCUCAGGUACUUUUGAGAUUAAUAUGUUUAAUCCGGCGUUUUCUGGAGAAUACGGUUCUAACUUGGGUUCGAUGUCUCCUGAUCUAGUCCCAGUUGAGACGACCCUAAAGGAGGGUGGUCCUAUCGAGAAGAACAAGGAUGAUGAAGCUGAUCCUAGAUCCGAGGAAGGUUAA